AUGGAGCAGUAGUAGAACGAAUAAGAGGAAAAUAAGGAUGAUUAAGAUGAUGCCGAUGAGAGAUCUGUUUUUGUCAAAAACGUUGACUAUAGUGCAGAGCCAGCUGAGCUAAAGGAUCAUUUUAAAGAAUGCGGAGAAAUUCGCAGAGUUACCAUUCCUGUUGAUAAGUUAUCAAAUCAACCAAAAGGUCAUGCUUUCAUAGAAUUCGCUACUUAAGAAGGUGCUAUGAAAGCCAAGAGAUUGUCAGAUAGUCUCUUCAAAGGUCGUCAAAUAACAGUUAUACCUAAAAGGAAAAAUGUACCUGGAAAAGGCAGAGCAAGCAGAGGUGCUAGGAAUCCCGCAGUUUAGCUAAUGAGUAUGCUUUAGUUGAUGAUGAACAGAGGAGGAAGAGGCAGAGGGAGAGGUGGAUUCAGACCUUACUGA